AAAGGGACGAGAGAGGGGAUGACAGACACUCUGACACUGUGCAGACUCCAGAAACUGUUGUUUACAUCUCACAUACAGAGAGCUCUGCUGGUUUGUCAGAAGGUUCCAGAUUAGUCGAUAAGGAAGAAGAAGGAGACCCACAGGUCCUGUCCGGUAGUUUGCAUGGUGAGCUUUCAACUGAAACAAAACCAGAAGAGCUGAGACAAUUCUAUCAAAUAGACAUUAAUGGCACAGAAAGUGACUCACCAAGAACUUCCUUACGUUUCCAUGGAGAAGUCCCAGAGACAAACACAAGAAAUGAAAUACAACCAAAAAGCUUAUUUGAGAUUGAGAGCUUAGACGUGGCAUUUCAAACCUCAGUGGAUGGCUCAGAUGGUGAAAGUGGAGAUUUGGAUGCCUAUUUUCAACAGCUUGAUAAUGAAAGGCAAGUCUAUUGGGCAGAACCUAUUCAGAUUUCUAAUCAAAGCUCUCUUCUUGAAGAAUCAGGCAGCUUUGAAGCCUCAGAUGGAUCUCCUGGGAAUUCUCUUUUGACUAGGGGGAGCAGCUAUUCUAGAUUCAUUAUUAUCCACAGGCAAAGUGAUGUCUUCGUUGAUGUCAUCGUCAACAAUGUACACCGCCCCAGCAAACCCAGAACCAAAGCCGUUGAGCCGCUCUGUUUCUGUCCAGAUGUCUUCAUCUCCAUCUUCUCAUAUCAUCCACAGGAAGGAUGUUCCCUUCAUGACUGAUUCAAAAUGCAGCACCCUUCUCCCUACUGUUGUCCCUUUAGACACCUCCACCCCUUUCCGUGCUGUUCAGUCAUGGACAGACUGGCAGAUUCAAAAAAACAAUCUCUCCAAGGUGUUAUCACAUGGGGCUCCUGACACUAUCCAGAACGCAGCAGGUGUGUCAGAAACUAUACAAAGGCCUACACUGAUUUUCUCUUCAUCACCGUCUCUGCCUCUGCUAUCUUAUGAAGGGCAGUCGUACGAGUGUUCCCUGGAAUGGCUAGAGAAAACAGUACUGUGUCGGUCUCUUUAGACAAAGGUUUGUGGUCUGAUGAGGAAGAAGAGGUGGAGAGGAAUGGAUAUGAGGAUGAGAAGAACCUUUGGGAGGGCAAUCACACAGCAACCAUGGCAUGCUGCUUCUCCUGUGACCAUCAGGGUACCUGCGAUUACAACAAGCAACACACUGUGGGGAACAUUCCUUACUCUCUGGAUGAGUUGGAGGAGAUGAUGCUGAGUCUGCAGCAGUUUCGCUAUGUGCUGUGCAGCAUGGAGGAGCAGCUGUCUGAAGACCAGGCUGCAGUUUACAGAGACCUCUCUGACCAGGACAGGGAGAAGGUUCGAGACAUAGAGGAGCUGAGGCAAGCAGUGAAAAAAGAGGCAGGAGAAUUGGAGAUGCAUCUGAAUGAACUGGCCCAUCACUAUGACGACAGCUUGAAAAUGAAGAUGCACAGACUGUUGGAUGAGCAGUCUCUGCUCUGCACUCAACUCAGAGUCUCUGUACCUGGAAAGGUGUCCCCAUCACCGUGCCCUGCCUCCAACAGGACAGUAGCCACUCAGUGCUGUCUAAUGCCCUGGAUGCCUUCAAUGGAUGUCUCCUCCUGGAGUGUGGAUUCUCACAGGCAGUCACCUCCUGGAUCUGAAAGCAUCAGGGAGGGCAUGAGCUGUUCUCCCACUAAGGCGGACAAGGUGGACAUAUUGAGCUUCCUACAGAAGCUGAAGGAGUCUUUGCGUCACUCUGUGAAUACUGACUCACUGGAAUAAAAGGUGUCAAGGAAAAUGCACAGGACUGCGACUGACUGAUAAAAACCCAAAGUUUCCUGAAAUCUUCCAUUCUUUUAGGGACAUGCUUUGUCUUUACAGAUGAACAGUUUUAGCUUUUACACAGUUUCUAUUGUUGCUUGUGUUAACUAUUUCACAUUUGACUUUAUGGACUGGCUUCUAGUGAUGCUGAGACUACAACCACUACAAACUGCAUGAGAUGCAAACUUCUAAUUGACUUUAUUAUUAAAGAAAAGUGUAUAAUCAUAUAAUACAAAAGCAAUAUGAACCGCUUAGAAGAGGGUGUUUCAAAUGUAUAAAUAUUUCUAUGUUAAUAUAAAUGUAAAUACGAGUUAUUUUGUUAGGAUUUCUUUUGACACAGUAUGGCCUCUUCUCAGUGGAUGCACAAUGAUUCAUAUGAAUAACACUGCUUCAAUAAACGUUAGAACACUUCA